UUCGUCUCUCUGCCUGCUUUGGUUUAAAAUCGCCUCAAUCUCUCAAAAAGCAGGAGAGAUUCGAUUCUAAAGCCUCUCUCUAUUUUUCUACCCCCGCCGAUAACCUAAAUGCCUUCAUUAAUGUUAUCCGACAAGAAAGAGGAGAAGAAGAUGAAGAAGAAGAUAGCCUUGGAAACCCCAGAGCUUGACUCUAAGAAGGGGAAGAAGGAGGCCAAGCUAAAGUUUUCUUCUUCGGACGAAGAAGGGUCGGAGAAGAAGAAAAGUAAGAAGAAGGAGAAGAAGCGUAAGGCUGCGGAGGAGGAGGAGGAAGGCAAGAGUGAUUCAAGCUCCGAUAAGAAGAAGAGCAGCAAAAAGGUCAAGUUGGGUGCUGAAGAUGUUGAAGUUGAUAACCCUAACGCUAUUUCCAAGUUUAGGAUUUCGCCUUCCUUGAGGGAGAAGCUCAAGGAGAGGGGUAUUGAAGCUCUUUUCCCCAUUCAGGCUACAACGUUUGAUAUGGUUCUCGAUGGUGCUGAUUUAGUUGGACGGGCUCGUACUGGUCAGGGUAAAACACUGGCUUUUGUGUUGCCUAUAUUGGAAUCAUUGAUCAAUGGACCUGCCAAAAGCAAAAAGAAGAAUGGAUAUGGCAGGCCACCAAGUGUCUUGGUGCUUUUACCGACCAGAGAAUUGGCCAAGCAGGUAGCUGCUGACUUUGAUGUAUACGGAGCAUCAGUUGGGUUAACUUCUUGCUGUCUCUAUGGAGGUGAUAGUUAUACUGGCCAGGAAUAUAAAUUAAAGAGAGGUGUUGACAUUGUGGUUGGAACCCCGGGUCGUAUUAAGGAUCAUAUUGAAAGACAAAACAUUGAUCUGAGCCAUCUACAAUUCCGUGUUCUUGAUGAAGCUGAUGAGAUGUUGAGGAUGGGGUUUGUCGAGGAUGUUGAACUUAUUUUAGGGAAAGUGGAGGAUGCUACUAAAGUCCAGACUCUUCUCUUCAGUGCUACUCUGCCAUCAUGGGUGAAAAAUAUCUCUACCAGGUUUCUUAAAAGAGACCAGAAGACUAUUGAUCUUGUUGGUAAUGAUAAAAUGAAGGCCAGUAAUAGUGUACGACACAUUGCUAUUCCCUGUAAUAAGGCAGCCAUGUCUCGGUUGAUUCCUGAUAUUAUCAGUUGCUAUAGCAGUGGAGGCCAAACCAUUAUUUUCACUGAGAAAAAAGAAGAAGCUUCCCAGCUUUCUGGUUUGUUAGCUGGGUCAAGAGCUUUGCAUGGAGACAUACAGCAAUCACAACGUGAGGUUACUCUUGCUGGAUUUAGGAAUGGCAAGUUUUCGACAUUGGUGGCUACUAACGUUGCUGCUCGUGGUCUAGAUAUCAAUGAUGUGCAGUUAAUUAUCCAGUGUGAGCCUCCACGUGAGGUCGAAGCAUACAUUCAUCGUUCAGGCAGAACUGGAAGAGCUGGUAACACUGGAGUUGCAGUUACACUUUACGAUUCUAGAAAGUCGAGUGUAACCAGGAUUGAAAAAGAAGCUGGUAUAAAAUUUGAGCACAUUUCUGCACCUCAGCCUGAUGAUAUUGCCAGAGCUGUUGGUAUGGAAGCUGCUGAGAAAAUUAAACAAGUUUGUGACAGCGUGAUUCCUGCAUUCUUGGUAGCUGCCACGGAAUUAUUAAAAACUUCUGGUUUAUCGGCUGAAGUACUCCUCGCCAAAGCUCUUGCGAAAACUGCGGGCUUCACUGAGAUUAAGAAAAGGUCACUUCUUACAUCAAUGGAGAACCAUGUAACUCUGCAUCUUGAAGCAGGGAAACCAAUAUUCUCUCCAUCAUUUGUGUAUGGAAUGCUAAGGAGAAAUAUUCCAGAAGACAAGGUGGAACGGAUUGAAGGGUUGAGUCUAACAGCAGAUAAAACUGGAGCAGUGUUCGAUGUUGUUCAGUCGGAUCUAGACUUGUUCCUUGCAGCUGCACAAAAGAGUGCUGGGAGCAUGAGCUUGGAAGUCGUUAAGGAGUUGCCUAAACUUCAGGAGAGAGAACCAUUGCCACAAAGAAGAUUUGGUCGCAAUAAUGGAGGCGGAAACCGGUUUGGUGGAAAUCGGUUUGGCGGUGGUGGUGGCAGAGGAGGAAGAGGCGGUGGUAGAGGAGGUAGGUGGUAGGGGCCCGAAAUAUUGAAAAGCUCAAACUCUUACGUCUCCUUGACAAGAAGAACUAAGCUCCUCUCUUAUUAUGUCAUAUUACUAUCUUUGCUGCGCUGAUGAUUACUACAUUAUAGGUGUUUUUUGAAUGUUUUCUUCUUGUUUUUAUUUUUGCUUUGAUCAAACUUAAAGAGGUUCUCUUGUAUCCUCAUAUCAAUUUUGUGUAAUUUGGAUGAUAAUGAUGAUCAUUUAUUACUCAUCACUCACAAUUCACU